ACGUCACCGAGGUCAACAGAAACUGUCAUGUCAGCCUCCACGCAGCUGCAGCGAUGCUCGGCUUGUCCAUCAGAGAGGUGUCCCAGGCACUGAAGGAGGGCAGGCUAUCUGCCACUGAACUUUGCAGGAAAUGCAUCAAUCAAAUACAGAGGACGAGGUUCCUGAAUGCUUAUAUCACCAUCACGGAGGAGCAAGCCAUGGAGCAAGCACAGAGAGCAGAUGACAGGCUGCGCACUGGUAAACCUCUUGGUUCUCUUGAUGGCAUUCCCUUCUCUGUGAAAGAUAACUUCUGCACAGAGAAUAUAGAGACCACUUGUGCUUCACACAUGCUUAAAGGUUAUGUGCCUCCCUUCAAUGCUACAGUUGUGCAGAAGCUUUUGGAUCAGGGUGCAGUUCUCAUUGGGAAAAAUAAUCUAGACGAGUUUGCAAUGGGUUCCGGCAGUACAGAUGGGGCCUUCGGCCCUGUUCGGAACCCCUGGAGCUAUGCAGCGUCAUACCGUGAACAGAGUAGAGGAGAUCCAGAUUCUGAUUGGGUUAUCGCUGGAGGAAGUUCAGGAGGAAGUGCUGCUGCGGUUGCAUCUCUCAGCUCCUUCCUAGCGUUGGGGUCAGAUACGGGAGGAUCUACACGAAACCCUGGUUCUCUGUGUGGUGUCGUGGCUUUGAAGCCCACGUACGGCCUGGUCUCCCGUCAUGGGCUCAUCCCUCUGGUCAACUCAAUGGAUGUGCCUGGAAUUUUGACUAGGAGUGUUCAUGAUGCUGCCGUAGUCUUAAGGAUUUUACAAGGACAAGAUGAGAAGGACUCAACAACAGUCCAGGCACAUAGCACCCCAAACAGCAUUCCCGAAGAAUUUGAUAUUCGAGACAUAUGUGUCGGCUUACCAAAGGAGUAUCACGCCCCAGACCUUUCUAAAGAAACUCUGGCCCAGUGGAGUCGUGUUGCGGACAUGUUUGAAAAGGCGGGGGCGCGGGUGCGAGAGGUUUCCCUUCCACACACACAACACUCCAUUGUCUGUUAUCACGUUCUGUGUUGCUGUGAGGUGGCAUCUAACAUGGCACGGUUUGACGGACUUGAAUACGGUCAUCGCAGUGCCGUUGACAGCUCCACAGAUGCCAUGUAUGCCAGUACUAGACAUGAAGGCUUUAACAAUGUGGUCCGCAGAAGAGCCCUGUCAGGGAACUACUUUCUUCUGAAACAGAACUAUGAACGUUACUUUGUGAAGGCUCAGAAGAUCCGGCGUCUCAUCGCUGAAGAUUUCAAGCGUGUGUUUAGCUCAGGUGUAGAUGUUCUCCUUACACCCACGACACUGAGCGAUGCUGCACGCUACUCCGACUUUAUACAGGAAGACAACAGAACACGGAGUACUCAGGAUGACAUCUUUACCCAGCCUGUGAACAUGGCAGGUUUGCCUGCCAUCACCCUGCCAGCAGGUAUAUCACACAGAGGUCUUCCCAUCAGCCUGCAGCUGAUUGGUCAAACACUACAAGACUGGAAGUUGUUGACAGUAGCACACUGGCUGGAGCAACAAGUUAACUUUCCAAUGAUACGUUUCCAUGGAGACUCAAAUGAGAGAGAGAGGUGGAGAGAUCAUUCAGGGAAGGGACACAUAUAACAGGAUUAUAACCACACUGAAACAGAAGAUUCAAGAUGAAGAGGGACUAAAGCUAAUGAAUAAAUACUUUUUACCAGUA